GAGAGCUUUCCACGUCAGCUUACGUCUCCCCAUCUCUUACUUCACGGAUCUGCUUCAAAGGGGCAGCUGCGUUAGAGAAUCAUGUUAAGCUCAGCUAAUGCGGAGAAGCCGAGGUAGCCCUAAUGAUGGAUUUUGAUGAGCGUGUUCCUUGUUCCUCUAACAUGUAUUUGCCAAGUUGUACUUACUACGUCUCGGGUCCUGAUUUUUCCAGCCUCCCUUCUUUUUUGCCCCAGACCCCGUCUUCUCGCCCUAUGACAUACUCCUACUCCUCCAACCUACCCCAGGUCCAACCUGUGAGAGAAGUUACCUUCAGGGAAUAUGCCAUUGAUCCCUCCAGUAAAUGGCACCCCAGGAACAAUCUGCCCCACUGCUACUCCGCAGAGGAGAUCAUGCACAGAGACUGCUUGCCUGCCACCAACACUGCUAGCAUGGGCGAGAUGUUCGGCAAAAACACAGCUAACGUCUACCACCCCAGCACCAACGUCUCCUCCAAUUUCUAUAGCACGGUGGGCAGGAACGGGGUCCUACCCCAGGCUUUCGACCAGUUUUUCGAGACGGCUUAUGGUACGGCGGAAAACCUGGCCUCGGCGGACUACCCGGUAGACAAGAGUGGCGAGAAGGCGCCCGCGGCCGCCGGGGCGACGGCGGCAACUUCAAGUUCGGAGGGCGGCUGCGGCAGGGCGGCGGCGGCGGCGGCGGAGAAGGAGAGGCGGAGGCGGCCGGAGAGCAGCAGCAGCCCCGAGUCAUCUUCCGGCAACAAUGAGGAGAAAUCCGGCAGCUCCAGUGGACAACGUACCCGUAAAAAGAGAUGCCCAUACACCAAAUAUCAGAUUAGAGAGUUAGAAAGGGAAUUCUUCUUCAGUGUCUACAUAAACAAAGAGAAACGCCUUCAGCUCUCUCGAAUGCUCAAUCUGACCGACCGCCAAGUGAAAAUAUGGUUUCAGAACAGAAGAAUGAAAGAAAAAAAAAUUAACAGGGACCGAUUACAAUAUUACUCAGCUAAUCCACUACUUUAAAACUCAUAGCGUUUUCCAAUAUGAGAUUAAAUUCAGAUUUCGCCCUUGACAAGGUCAAUCCACGGGGUUACGUGGAGGAAGGAGGUGUGUAUCUGACGGGACUAGAAGAAUCCAAGGUUUUACGUACAUGUAAAGCUACUCGGGAACUUCAAUGAUGAUUUUUUUUACAUACACAUAUAUUUACAUAUCAACUGGAAUCCAUUUGAUUUAGACACACAUGGCAUCCAUUUCUAACCGUGCACGUCACCUCUGAGUGCAAAAUCCAUACCUCUUACCUUUCCAGGCACUGCGGCUCACCCUGCUACUGCCUUCGGCAGGCACAGGCAGGGACGGCACCUCUCCGUCCCCAGACUUGCCCCCACGGACCCUCCAUCGCCCCUGUGC